AUGGGGAACACAGUCAUCAGGGUGGGAAGUGGGAAGUUUGCCAAGGAAGCAAAGCUGCUGGACACGAUCCCCCUGCAGCGCGCGGGGAACAAGACGGAGGUCGCGCACAGCGCCCUGUUCCUGGCCAGCCCCCUCUCCUCCUACGUGACAGGCACCACCCUGGUGGUGGAUGGUGGCAGCUGGCUGACCUCUGCCAACAACUUCCCUGCCUUGCUGGGAGCUGUGCAGCUGAGCUGCACGGGGGACUCUGUGUCUGCAGGGGUAAAGGACCUGACAAAGUACCUUGAUCCAAGCGGACUUGGAGUCAUCAGCUUUGAAGAUUUCCAUCGGGGGAUCAGAGCUAUCAAGAAUGGAGAUCCUGACAGCCAGUUGUAUGAUAUGGGAUAUACCCCCGAGGAGGAAGCCCCAGCCUGUCCUGAUGAGUUUGAUGACUUUGUCACGUUUGAGGCGAACGAGGUGACCGACAGCGCCUACAUGGGCUCGGAGAGCACCUACAGCGAGUGCGAGACCUUCACGGAUGAGGACACCAGCACCCUGGUCCAGCACGAGAUGCACGAUGAGGUGGAGACAGACAGUGCCAUCGACUCCACCGUGCACUCCGAGCUCACCGACCCCAGCGAGGAGCCAGAGCACGGAUCCCAUCCUCACGACCUGCCCCUGGGCUCAGAGCUCAGCCACUCCAUCGUGACUGUCAUCAGUGGAGAGGAGCAUUUUGAGGAUUAUGGGGAAGGGAACGAAGCCGAUUUGUUCUCGGAGCGUUUGCGUAACGGGGAAAGCAGCUUUAACGGCUCCUCCUUCCUCUCUCCCAGCCCCACUCCCCUCGCUGCGAAACUGCACAGCAUUCUUGCAGAUGAAGCUUUUGAGUUUUACUGUAGCCAGUGCCACAAACAAAUCAACCGCCUGGAGGAUCUUUCUGCUCGCCUGAAUGAUCUUGAAAUGAAUAGCCCAAAUAAAAGACUCUCAAGCAAGAAGGUGGCAAGGCAGUUGCACCAGACCAGUGCCCUGGCCGUGGGGGUGAUGGACGAGUCGUACCGGGACACGCUGGAGUGCUCAGAAGAGGACAUCACUGACAAGGUGGUCUUUCUGGAGAAGAGGGUGACAGAGCUGGAGAAGGACACGGCUGCCAACGGGGAGCAGCACAGCCGCCUCAAGCAGGAGAACCUGCAGCUGGUGCACAGGGCAAAUGCUCUGGAGGAACAGCUGAAGGAGCAGGAGCUGAGAGCUGACCAGACCCUCCUGGAUGAGAUCAAGAAGCAGAGGGAGCUGCUGAGCAAAAUGGAGAGGGAGAAGAGCAUUGAGAUUGAGAACCUGCAGGCCAGGCUGCAGCAGCUGGAUGAUGAGAACAGUGAGCUGAGAUCCUGUGUCCCUUGUUUAAAAGCCAACAUUGAGAGACUUGAGGAGGAGAAGCAGAAGCUGCUGGAUGAGAUUGAAGACCUCACUGUGCAACUCACAGAUGAGCAGGAGAAAAAGAGGAAGAUGGGGGACAAGCUGAGUCAGGAGAGGCACCAAUUUCAGAAGGAGAAGGAGUCGACCCAGGAGCUCAUUGAGGACCUCAGGAAGCAGCUGGAGCACCUGCAGCUCUUCAAACUGGAAGCUGAGCAGAGGAGGGGCAGGAGCAGCAGCCUGGGGCUGCUGCAGUACAACAGCAGGACACGGGAGACAGAGCUGGAGCAGGAGAUCAAGCAGCUCAAGCAGGACAACAGGAGCCUGAAGGAGCAGAACGAUGAACUCAACGGGCAGAUCAUUAACUUGAGCAUCCAGGGAGCCAAGAACCUCUUCUCAGCCUCCUUCUCUGAAUCCCUGGCAGCAGAGAUCAGCUCAGUCUCCAGAGACGAGCUGAUGGAAGCAAUCCAGAAGCAGGAGGAGAUCAACUUCCGCCUGCAGGAUUACAUCGACAGGAUCAUCGUGGCCAUCAUGGAGACCAACCCCUCCAUCCUGGAGGUGAAGUAAAGGGUGGCCUUGCACUCACUGAUGGCCGUGGAUUUGGUGCUCUGAGAGGAUGAAGAGGGACUCCCAACGUCUUUGCUCUUGAUGAAGGCACAAGGAGGCAUC